UUUAGGUGAUUGGUUGGGGCUCUAUAGGGUGCUUACUAGAGUGGGCAUCUGCCUAAUGGAGAGUCAGGAAGCUCCUUAGUGGUCAUCAGGGGCUUUGGGCAAGUUACAAAGGGGUUCAGUCAGUUUCAGAGGUGACCUUGGUCGUGGGCUCCGCUUCUGUGGCCUUGGUGCGAGGCUUCGCACCUGUGGCUUUGGGGCAAGACUCAACACCUUCCUCACACCCUGAGUCCAGACUGCAAACACACACCCUCGGGACAGGUGGAAAUGGACCUGACCCCAGACAAGGCUGGGGCGUGCACAGUGAGCAGGGAGGACUCAAUUCAGCUCCAGCCCAGCGUGGCAUAUUGUUCCAGCUCUCUGGUCUCAAAAAGAGAAGUGAGAAACCUCUAUUUUACGUGAACUCUACAGUCACUAAAAUUAACAACUAAUCCGUUCUUCAACCCGCUUGGGCCAAACCAGAGGAGGCAGACUGGGGCUGCAGCCGUACUACCAAGCAGCGUCAGUCUCCUCCGCCACAGCCUGGUAGUCCGGAUGCCCCGCGACCCUGCGCUCGCGGUCUCUGCUCUGCCCAGCGCGCUAGUCUCCGGCAGUAACCACCAGCAGCGUAUCAGAGUCCGUCCGUCCGUCUGGCGCUCCGGUUGCACUUUGCAGCCUCGGCAGCACUGCGCCUGCGCGGGGGUGCCGCCGGGGCGAGCCAUCGCCUUGGCGGGGGGGUGAGCGGGCACCCCCGCCCUGCGAUGGAGCCGUCCGUUGCCAUGGAGCUACCCGCUCCAAACCGCGCAGCCAGCAGACUUAGAGGAGCUUCUCCGCCCAGAUCCCGCGCUGGUCCGACCCAGUGGGGCCGCUGAGAGGCCCCGCCCCCGCAGGUUUCAAGAACCCCCCGCGUGCAGGUGCAGCCUGGGUUCCGGGCUCCGUGCAGGUUCCGGGCGGACUUGGCUAUGCUGUCCUUGCAAAUCUAGGAAACCGUUGGGAAAACUCGAGGGCGAGCGCGCUGGUGAAGAGGGACCCAGAGUGUCCGGACCAAGGAAGGAACUCCGAGAUCAUCUCAGUUUGACUUUUUGCAGCUGAUUUUGCCCCAGGAUGGAAGAAGACGAGAAGCUUUUGGAUGACAAGCCGCUCGUGGAAGACGACACAGAGGAGCUGGAGGACCCGGAGGUUGUGCUGGACUAUGUCCCAAGGGAGGCUGAGCAGAAGGCCGGCCUGGGAAGCUCCUGUCCAGGAAUAGAGCAGAGCAAGGACAAGCAGAAGCUGAGGUUGACGGCCCAGGAAAAAAUGCAGGCCUCCCGGAUGUGCAGGGACUUGAGACACCUGGACCAGCUGCAUGAAGAGAAGGACCUUUUCAUCCAGAAGACAAGAGGGGAGCUACGUGCCUGUCGAAGGAGGAUGGAACUCCUGGUCAAGCAGCAGGAGAGCGUGGCUGCCGAGAUGGCUGCGGAGAGGGCAGCCAACAACAUGGCAGCCAUGGGACGCCUGGAGGCAGCGUUGCAGCGCCUGUGCUCGGAGCUGGAGAACGAGCGGGACCUGCAGGCGCGGAUGACGGCGGUGCUACAGCAGAACGAGAGCGCCCUGUGGCAGAUCGAGGUCCAGGAAGGGCAGCUGGAGGACGCCCGCAAGUCAGCCCAGGAGGAGGCUGCAGCCGCCAGGAGAGGCCUUCAGGAGCGGGCAGCCAAGCAGCUGCACCGGGAGAUGGGGGCCUCGAGGAAGGCAGAGCGGAACCGGCUGCUGCGGGCCCGGAGAUGCGUGCACCUGCAGAAGGAGCUUGGACUCCGGCAGCAGAAGCUGGUGGAGGAGGCCCAGAAGAACCACCGGAAGGCCCUGAGGUUCCUGAAGGCCUCAUUGGGGAAGAUCCGCGAGCAGGAGCAGAAGGAGGAGCUGGAGACCCGAGAGCACAUGCGCAGGCGCAUGGACGCAGUGCUGGCCCUGAAGAACAGUAUCUCUGCCAACCGGGAAACGCUCCGGAAAUUUCAAGCGUGGGGCCAGGCCAAGACAGAGCUGGCAGAACAGAAGGCCCAGGCUGAGAAGAAGGCGAUCCUGGCCCAAGGUGGGGAUGCCUUCAAGCACCUGUGCCAUCAGCGCAGGCGCCAGGAGUUGGAGGCCCAGAACCGCGCCUUCGAGGAGGAGCAGAAGCGCAGGAAACAGGAGAUUGUGAGUCGGCUCUUGAAGGAGGAGGCUGUGGAGGACCGGAGGAGGCCACGGCCCGAGCCCCCCAGACCCACAGGCCAGCGGAGCCUGAGGGACCAGACCUGGAGCUAUGUGGCCACCUUCUGCGAUGGGCAGAGCACAGAGGCCCCACCCUGCUGUCCCCUGCAACCUCAACCUCCACCUUCAUCCCUAUUCCAGCCUGAUGUCCCUGGACAGAGGCCAGGUCCAGCCCAAGAGCAGAUAAAGGAGAACAGGCCCAGAUCCUACCAGUCCUCUCCACUGCUGACGGCCAUCUCCAGUGAGUCUGUCCAGGGGGACGGGAGCAGCCUCGGCGGGGAGGAGGACACACUGGCUUGGCCGGAGAUCCCUGGGCUCUGGAAGGAGGACUACAAGCCUUUCCAGGUAGCCAAGGAGGACGUGGACCGGAAGCCGGUGGGCGGAACAAAGAUGGACAAGGACAUCCUGGCGCGGACGGUGCAACGGCUACGCAGUGGGCUGAUCCACAAACAGGUGGCAUCAGGGCGUGAGUUCAGAGGGUGCCCCUUCAACAGCAAGCCCAAGUUCAUCCACUUCAAGGACUUUGAUGUCGGCAAAGUGUACAAGAAGAAGAUCACGCUGAUCAACGCCACCUACACGAUUAACUACUGCAAGCUGGUGGGCGUGGAGGAGAGCCUGCGGGACUUCGUCCAUGUGGACUUUGACCCCCCAGGCCCGCUAUCAGCUGGCAUGUCCUGCGAAGUGCUUGUCACCUUCAAGCCCAUGCUGUCCCUCGACAAGGAGCUCAUCGACUUUGGCAGCUACACAGUGGGUGAGACUGCAAUCCGGACCAUCACGCUGACCAACACUGGGGGCUUGGGCACCAAAUUCAGAUUUCUUCUGGCAUCAGAGUCCUGUGAGAUGGACACCACCCAGUCGGCCGUAAAAUUAAGUAGUAUCUUCAUAUAUGAAGACAAAAGUUUUUAUGAUAAAAUCACCACCAGUUUUUCUGAACAUCAGACGGAGGGCAAUGAGUCAUCCCCUACAGAUGUACCAAGCCAGAAGGAGUCUGGAAAGCUGGACGUGAAGGAGCAAGAGGAGGGGCACCCCAUUGAAUCAGAGGGCGUGACCUUGACCACCAUCAUGACUAUACCUCCCAAUGAGGAACAGAUGGAGUUCUCGCUGGGAGAGAUAACAGAGGGGGACAUAGGCCCCUUCAGCUCCAUCAAGGUGCCCGUCAUCUUCACCCCGAUCGUCCCGGGAACGGUCUAUAACAGUUUCAAGGUCGUGUUUAAGAAUCAGCAGUGCCCAACUUUAUAUUUCAAAGUCAUUGGCGUGGCUAUCGACGUGCCUGUCUGGGUGCCAAAGCCCAACGUGGACCUGAAGAUCUGCAUGUACGACCGGCUGUACCAGGACUCGAUCCUCGUCCACACACGGUCGAAGGCCGCGUUGCGCCUAAAGUUCGAGGUGUGCAAGGAACUGCGGGGCCACAUGGAGCUCCUGCCUGAGACUGGCUACAUCCAGGCGCUGUCAUCCUACUCGGUGCAGCUCAAGUUCCUGCCCAGACACUCCCUCCCAGAAGACGCAGGGAAGUAUUUUGACAAGGAGACCAGGGUUCUGGAGGCCCCGAUGACUAUCCGGGUGGCUGACCAGAUCAAACCGGUGGGGUUUACUGUCCAUGCUGUAGUCACCACCUCGGACCUGGAGCUCAGCCCCGCGGGGCUGGACUUUGGCUACUGUACCAUCUACGAGGCCAUCAGGACCCAAAUCAGCCUCUGCAAUCAUUCCCUCCUGCCCCAGGAGUUUGGGUUCGUCGGACUCCCCAAGUUUGUGGACAUCCAGCCCAACGACGGGUUCGGGACAAUCCUGCCACUGGAAACACUGCAGCUCGAUGUGAUCUUUCAGCCCACCAAGGCCAAGGAGUACAACUUUGAGCUCAUCUGCAAGUCAGAGAUUAACCGGUGCUUCAAGCUGGCAUGCCGGGCUGUGGGGGUCUACCCGCCCCUGGAGCUGUCCCACUACCAGAUCAAGUUUGCAGCCACCUCCUUGUACGACACAUCUGUGGCCACCCUGUACGUCAUCAACUCCCACCAGAGCAUGAACUCACUGACCCACUCAGUGCCUCGCAUUGGCUCAGAGGACGCUUUUCCGGUUGGGCCCACCUCUUUCGAGUUCCUGCUGCCCCCAGAUUCGCCCAUCACCAUCUCACCCCUAGUGGGCACCGUGUGGCCAGGAAAGAGGUGCCUGGUCCGAGUGGCCUUCCGGCCAGUGCUCCCCAGCGAGCUGAUCCACCAGGAGGCCUUCCAGGCCCUGAGCAGAAAAGCUGAGAUCAAAUUGUCCCUAAAGGAGACAGUCACCCAGAGGAAGGACCAGCAGAGACCGUCUUUCUCCAUGCUGCGGCUGCAGAACCAAGACCGGCUGCUCCAGGCCUCAGCCUCUCAGCCCCCGGAGCUGCAGAAGGAGGACCUCGCAUCCAGCUCUCAAGAGUACCAGUCGGCACAGGCCUCCCUAAUCAGGUCUUUCCAGGGGAAGUUUGACAAGUUUGUGGUUCCCUGUGUUGUUGCCAGUGGCGACACCAAAGACAGGAAGGGGACAGAAAUGCUGAGCUUCAGUCCCCACAACACACUGUACCUGGAGCUGUGGUGUCCAGCGGUAGCGCCGUCUAUUGUGGUAACGUCCGACAAAGGCAAGACCGUCAUUAACUUCGGUGACAUUGCUGCAGGACACCGGGGCAUAAAGAAGGUCUCCAUCCAGAACAUCUCCCCCGAGGAUCUCAACCUGGAGUACUCCAUGCUGAACCCCGAUGGCCCCUUCGUCCUGCUGAACCCCACCAUGAGGUUGCCCUCUGGCGAGACCCAGGUCCUAGAUCUGUCCUUCUCCCCGCGUGAGAGUAUCCUGGCCCAAGAAACACUGGACAUCAUCACCAAGAAAGGCACGCUCUCCCUGGCCCUCAUGGGCACGGGUGUGGCGUCCACGAUCACAUGCUCCAUUGAAGGUGACGUCCUCAACAUGGGCUACGUGAUCGCCAGAGAGUCUGUCUCCUUGGGCUUCAAGCUGCAGAACAACUCCCUGCUGCCCAUCAAGUUCUCCAUGCAGCUGGACAGCCUCUCCUCCAGGAGCAGAGACCAGCACCGCCUGCCACAGUUCCUGGCCUCACCGGACCAGAGGACGGAAGUCGUGGGCACACAGAACUACAGUGGCCAGAGUGUGUUCAGCGUGGUCCCGGUCAAGGGCAUCAUGGAGCCCGGCAAGGCUCAGGACUUCACUGUGACCUUCAGUCCAGACCACGAGAGCCUGUACUUUUCUGACCGGCUACAGGUCGUGCUCUUUGAAAAGAAAGUGUCCCACUGCAUCCUCCUGAAGGGCGCGGCCCGCGAGCACAUGAUGUUCGUGGAAGGCGGAGACCCCCUGGAUGUGCCUGUGGAGUCCCUGACCAUGAUCCCUGCCUUUGACCUGGAGCACAGAGAGGAAGCUGAGGAGCUAAAGCCCAUCCUGGUGACCCUGGACUACGCCCAGCUGGACCCAGACACACAGGCCCCACCUGCCACCCGAGAACUGCAGGUGGGCUGCAUCCGGACGACCCAGCUGUCCGCAAAGAAGACUGUUGAGUUCAGCAUGGACAACAUCGUGGCCCUGCAGCACAAGGGCUUCACCAUUGAACCCUCCAAAGGCUCUGUGGAGCGCGGCCAGACCAAAGCCAUCAGCAUCUCCUGGAUGCCGCCCAUCGACUUUGAUCCAGACCACCCACUCGUGGCAUCGGCCCUGCUGCAGCUCAGGGGGGAUGUGAAGGAGACCUACAAGGUCCUCUUUGUAGCCCAGGUGGUGACCGGCCCCUGAGGCCACAGGAGUCUCUCCACAGAGCCCCCUGAAGCCCUCCUUCCUGCCACCCUCGAAGCCUUCCCCUGGUCUGUGGGAACCACCCAGGGGCCUGGAACCUGGGCAGUUUCAAAAGGGCAGCCUCCUGCAUGGCCCCCUGGGGCACGCCUGCUGUCCUGGCUCCAGCUCCCAUCCCAGCCCCACGUCAGAACCAGCGAAGAGGCCAGUCCCGACCAGAGCCUGCUCCCAACCUGAGCCCUGCGGGUCCCCAGCCCCACCAGCACCCACCCAGCCUUUCGAGGUCCUGGUGGGGAACAGCUGCCCCCACAGACCUGUCAAUAAACCCUGUGUGAAUCUGU